UGACGCUGUUGGCUUACGUACAGCACGCGCUGAGCACAGCUGCUUGUGUAACGUACUUUGUCCUGCACGUUGACAUUGAACCGCUCCGAAAGACCGCCGCGCUGCUGUCAUCUCUCACCGACAGGCUAACAUGGGAUCCUCCUGGUCCACAGCAGAGCCCUCUGUAGUCAAAGCUGAGGCUAUGAAGACCGUCUCUGCUCAGCGCUGUCCAGUGCAGGAGGAAGCUCAGCCUGUCAAAGCAUCUCCGCCUUCACAAUGUCCCAUGCAUCAGGCUCAGGCUGAAAAAGGUCCGGCCCACCAGGAUCAGGCCUACAACUUUGUGGAGUGUCCCAUGAGAGCUGCAGCAAUCACGAAGGGCGACAUCGAUCCAGCAAAUAUGAUGCCUCCUCCCAACCAAACGCCAGCUCCAGACCAGCCCUUUGAACUCUCUGUCAGAAGAGAGGAGUCCACUAUUCCACGUCACGGCACAGAGAAGAACUGGGUGUACCCGUCGGAGCAGAUGUUCUGGAACGCCAUGCUGAGGAAGGGGUGGCGCUGGCGAGAUGAUGACCUCAGCAAAGGUGACAUGACCAACAUCAUUAACAUCCACAAUCAGAACAAUGAGCAGGCCUGGCAAGAGAUCCUGAAGUGGGAGGCUCUGCAUGCUCAUGAAUGUCCAUGUGGACCAACUCUGAGGAGAUUCGGUGGGAAGGCCAAAGAGUACUCCCCCAGGGCCCGCCUCCGACACUGGAUGGGCUACGAGCUGCCAUUUGACCGUCACGACUGGAUCGUUGACCGCUGUGGGAAGGAGGUGCGCUACAUCAUUGACUAUUAUGAUGGAGAAAUCAACAAGGACACCUACCAGUUCUCCAUCCUGGACGUGCGACCUGCUUUUGACUCUUUAGAAGCUGUGUGGGACCGUAUGAAGGUGGCCUGGUGGCGCUGGACUUCCUGAAGGACUCUGGCUCAUAUUUGAGUCACAAAUAUUCAAAAACUGUUGUUACCUGUUUCUGCUCUUUGUAACUUGUGUGAUGCUGAAAAAAGAAACGAAUCAGACCUCGUAAAAGAUGAUUGGAUGUAGAAGAGUUUGUCCAACAGGUCAUACAAGACCCUGUGUGUCUAUGAGAAUCUAUUGACUUGAACUUAAAUAUAACUGCUUGCUUGCUUACAGCUACCUGACUCUAUGGAAUUUGAACCUCAUUUAGCAACAGAAAGUUUAAAUGUUUAUUUUUGUAAGUCUCAGUUGGGACAUUGAGACAAGCUUUAAAACCUUCCAAUAUUCCUUUAUUGGCUAAUGGUCAUAAACCAGAAAUCUAGGAAAGUUCAUGUGUUGUGUUUUAAUAAAUCACCUUUUCUGUGUUUUGUUUGUAAACACUGCAUAUUUGAUUAAACC